AUGGGGGAAGAACAAGCCAGCGGUGUGAAGACACCUGCAAGCACAGAGCAUGGAGAGCAAACUACCGUACCCAAGGUCGCAACACCUUCUAUUGCAAUUCUCAAACCCAAGCUCCCGCUGCCUGCGAUGCGCACACCCACCACCUCGACCGACACACCUCGCGAAUGGAACACCUCCAAGCUCGGUCUACGCAUCGGCGUUGAUGCUCUCUCAGCAGGUGCAGCGGGAGUACUUGUCGCACCCAUUAUAACCAUGAUCGAUAAAGGCAUCAUCGAAAACGCAAGUGGCAGGAACACAUUAGGUGCUAGUCUGAAGAAGAGUGCCGUGGAGUUGUUGGCGAAACCCCACCGCUUUGUGGCAAGCAAGCCUUUCGUCCUCAUCUUCAGCCUAUACUUUGGAACAUACUUUACGGCGAACAGUAUCGAUACCGUUUCCGCGACCGUGAAGCCCACACAAGGAUUACAGGAACAAACAAGUGGAACAAGCAAGUUUCUAGCUACGAGUACAGCGAAUCUGGCGUUGUGUUUGUACAAGGACAAUCAGUUUACGCGGCUUUUUGCUGCGCCGGGGUCGUCUCCUCGACCUGUUCCUUUGCCAACUUUUGCGCUCUUUACAAUUCGCGAUUGUCUUACCAUUUUCGCUUCUUUCAACUUGCCGCCGCUGCUUGCGCCCAAGGUGGACGAGCGCAUGGGCGAGGAAGUGAAGAAGUAUGUUGGUGCGCUGAGCGUCGCGCAGUUUGCUACGCCUGCUGCGGUUCAGAUUGUGAGCACGCCAUUGCAUCUGCUGGGUCUUGAUCUGUAUAACAGGCCUGAUGCUACGGUGGGUGGUGUUGACGGGAGGGCCAGUCGCGUUGUGAGGGAUUGGGCCAAGAGUGCUGCGGCGAGGAUCUGUCGUAUUGUCCCUGCAUUUGGUGUUGGCGGUGUGGUCAAUACCAAGGUACGGAAGAAUAUGAUGGGAAGGCUUGAAGAGUAG